AUGGAGAAUGUGCUCACUAAGUUCGUGGAGGAGUCACGAAAAAGAUUUGACAAGAAUGAAUCCCAACUCCAAAAUUAUGAAGUGUUGUUACAAAACCAAUCCGCUUCCAUCAGAAAUCUUGAAACUCAAAUAGGGCAAAUCCACAAUAUUUUAGCAGGAAGAGUUCAAGGAACAUUGCCAAGCGAUACCAAGAAGAACCCGAAGGAGAGAGUCAAUGCUGUCAUACUGAGAAGUGGUAAGGAAUUGAAGGAAGUAAGGAAGGAAGAAGAAACAAAGGAAAAACUCGAAGAAGAAAAAGAGGACAUAUUGGAGCAAAUGCCAAAGUACGCGAAGUUUCUGAAGGAGAUUAUCACCAAAAAGAGGAGAUUUGAAGAACAUGAGACGGUGAUGCUUACAAAAGAGUGCAACGCGUUGCUAUUGAAGAAAUUACCACCAAAGCUCAAAGAUCUAGGAAGUUUCACAAUUCCUUGCACAAUAGGUACAAAGGUCAUUGUACAUAUCGACCAUUCAGCUUUGAAAUGCCUUCUAGCAAAGAAUGAUUCCAAGACAAGAUUGCUUAUAUGGGUGUUACUUUUUCAAGAGUUCGACUUGGAAAUCCUAGACAAGAAAGGAACCGAGAAUCAAGUAGCGGACCAUCUAUCUCGAUUGAAAAGAAGGGAAGAAGAUCAAAAUGACGAAAAGCCAAUCAAUAAACAUUUCCCAAAUGAGCAACUAUUUGAUGUGCAAGAUGGACCUUGGGCUGGGAAUAUUUCUUGUAAAAAUGAAAUGUCUUUUAGCAACAUUUUAGAAGUGGAAAUAUUUGAUGUAUGGGGAAUAGAUUUCAUGGGAUCGUUUCCAUCUUCUUUUUCUAACCGCUUCAUUCUUGUGGCUGUAAAUUACGUCUCAAAAUGGGUGGAAACUGUGGCACUACCGACCAACGAUGCUCGUGUUGUAGUCAAGUUCAUAAAGAAAAGCAUCUUCACAAGAUUCGGCCCGCCUAGAGUUAUCAUCAGUGAUGGAGGAGCUCACUUUUAUAACCAACAAUUCGAGGCAUUAUUAAGUAAGUAUGGAGUUACACAUCGAGUUGCAACACCAUAUCAUCCGCAAAUAAGUGGGCAAGUGGAGGUAUCUAACAAGGAGUUGAAGAGAAUCCUAGAGAAAACUAUGAAUGCCUCUCAGAAAGAUUGGUCCACCAAAUUGGAUGAUGCACUAUAA